AUGGUGGAAAUUCGGAAGCGUCAUUGCUGGGAAUGCCUUCGGCGUCGCUUGGUUUGCGACUUUGCCCUACCUGGCUGCAACCGCUGCAAAUCCUCCGGGGUAGAUUGCCCUGGAUAUAGCGAAACCCCACCAGUGCGGGUGAGAUGGCUUGAGCCUGGCAGAGUAAAAUCUCGGCAACGAAAAUCCCCCGCAAAGCAUCGUGACCAGGCUUGCAGACCUAGGUCGGACAGUGUCAGCUCGAAUUCAUCGGAUGACACACAGAUAAUCAAUACUAUUCGCCCUGAUCUUCGCCCUGAUCUUAAGACUGAGGUUCAUGCACUGAUCGACGCGUUCGAAUACUACAAUGAUUGCAUGUAUCCCAGGCUGGCACAGACCCAGCGACUGGGCACCAAUACCAAUAUCUACAAGAUCCCCGUCGAACUCUUCCGGGCGGGUCUUGCCUCCCCAAAUCACAUACGACUUGGAUUGGUUUGUAUGACAAUCAGCCACCGAAUGAAUCAGAUGGGCCAUAAUGCCGACUCUAAAGCCUUGCAAUCGAAUUUCUUUCAUUACAGAGGUCUCUUGAUUCGCUCUUUAAACAACGAGAUCGGAGUGCCACACAAGCGAAACAGCGAUGUUGUGCUCGCCGGUAUUCUGACUUUGCUAUUUGCCGAUGCCCAACAAGGCAUCGCCAAGCACUGGCGUCAUCACAUUGAAGGCGCUAGGAGAUUGAUCAAUCUUCGCGGUGGCAUUCUCCAGUUGAUCAAAUCACCGGGUGUACUUCCUAUAGCUCUUUGCUUCGUCUUUCUCAUCGUCAACGCAGAUACCUCCUCUCCUGCCUCAGAUCUUCUUGUUGAAACGUUGCCCCUGCAGCAAUUAUACUCGAUAAUCGAUCAGUUUGGUGGGAACGGGUAUGCCUUUCAAAUGUGCCCCCCACCGCUCUUCCUUGAUAUCAUCAAAAUCAACCAUAUCAGAUCUCGAGCGUCGAAAGUGGAUACUACACAAGACGAUACCCUUCAGAAAGAAGCUUCCCAAAUCCUGAGUCAAGUAUACGGUUUCCCGGGCGAGGAAAGGGCGUCUGCCAAUGACAAACAUGACGACGAGAAUUUACUUCUGAUCAGCAUCUUCCAGAGUGCUGUUGCUCUUUACUGCAUGUCUUCCUUGCAAAGUGUCGGUGUGUUGCCACCAGAUCCACGUUUGAAAAGCAACCGCUACAUGGAAACACGAAUUCUAUACGAACUUUUGAACAAGGCCUUGAACCCACUACCCUCAGCUGGGUCCAAUGGAUAUUUCCUCUGGCCCCUCGUGGUACUCGGUGUGCAAGCAAUUGGUGCCUGCGGAAACCUACGUACCUUUGUGAGAGAGAAUCUUGUUAACCUGAGUGCCUCCAGCGGUACACACGGCCCACUUGCAGCAUGUCAAGUGCUUGAGACCUUCUGGGCUUCGGGCAAGACGGAGUGGGAUGAUUGCUUUCGGGAGUCUACCAUGCUGACAACUAUUCUUACUGUAAAUCGCGGCCAGUUACUCAAGUAA